GUGCAGCUGAUGGGGCUCCUAAGAACCCUCAUUGAUCCAGAGAACAUGCUGGCCCCCACCAAUAAAACUGAGAAGACAGAGUUCCUCAGCUUUUUCUACAAAUACUGCAUGCAUGUGCUCACAGCUCCAUUACUGGCCAACACUGCAGAGGACAGUGAUGAAAGAGCAGAAAUACAAGAGGGAUCCACUAAAAUCAAUCGAGUUUGUCCUGAUAAUUUCCAGACUGCCCAACUGUUGGCCUUGAUAUUGGAGCUGCUGACCUUCUGUGUGGAACACCAUACGUACCACAUGAAGAACUACAUCAUGAACACAGACCUGCUGAGGAGAGUGCUUGUGCUCAUGAACUCCAAACACACCUUCUUGGCGCUGUGUGCACUACGGUUCAUGAGGCGGAUCAUUGGGCUGAAGGAUGAAUACUACAACCGCUAUAUCAUCAAAGGGAACCUGUUUGAGCCAGUCAUCAAUGCCCUGCUUGACAACGGAACGCGAUACAACCUUUUAAACUCUGCCAUCAUUGAGCUCUUUGAGUUUAUCAAAGUGGAGGACGUCAAGUCUCUCAUUGCUCACAUUGUGGACAACUUCUACAAAGCACUUGAAUCCAUCGAGUACGUCCAGACUUUCAAGGGGUUGAAGGGGCGGUAUGAGCAGGAGAAGGACCGACAGACUCAACGUUUCCGCAGGUAUCGCCGUGAGGCUCGACCUGUGGAGGAUGAUGAAGAGAUGUGGUUAAAUGAAGAUGAGGAGGACGAUGACGAGGCUGCAGAAGAGAAGAGCAGGUCUGAUGAAGAACCUUUUCCUGAGAGCUACGAGAAGUUCAUGGAGGCGAAGAAAGUUAAAGAAAGAGCUGCCAAUGGAGCCAAUGGCGCUAACAGCAAAGCGGCCACCUCUGCCUCUGCCACCAGUCCCAAUGGUUCUUCAGCCAAGGCAGCUGCUCUCCCCGCCACUCCUGUGGUUAAGACGGCGAUGGUAGGACUUGUGGAUUAUCCAGAUGAUGAAGAUGAAGAUGAGGAGGAAGACGAGGAGGAGGAACAGGCGCCACGGAAACGACCCCGUCUAGGCUCAUAAAGAAGUAAAAGGCUAUCCUGAGGUCUGAUGUCCCAUGGUGCCACUGUCACGGUCCACUGGACAGAGACCCUCCCCACCCCCGUCGCCCCACUCUACCUCCUGCUCCCACACAGCCACACUGCCUGUGGACCAGAGGAGCUCCCUGCCUCCCUCCCUCCCCCUCCCCAGGACCCAGGCACACCAGCAGGGUUGCAGCACUUCCUCACCGCUACAGGCUCCCUGAUGGGAGCAGGGGGGGUGACAGGAGGGCCAGUCAGGCUAGCAGGACUAGCCGCUCAGUGAUGGAAGCUUGGCAGGCAGACCCUUAAGAGCGACAUGUCCUUUUUACUUGGGUUGGGUGGAGAGAAUCUGGCAAAAAAAAAAGAGGUGGGAUGGCAAAGAAAAAAGAAAAAAAAUGUUUGAAAUGCAGCUUCUUAAAGGUGAGCAGCAGAACUUGAAAAAUGAAGCCAGAGCUCCCCCUACUGAGGCUCAAGUGGAACUACAUCAGCCAGGAAUCUUGUAUUCACGAGUCUAUUAAAAGUACUGUACAGCAAUUUUCUUUUUAAUUGUUUGCCUCUUUAAAUGAUUUUUUUUUUUUAAUUGGGGGAGUCAAUUCCUGCCAGUGUAAUAUUUUUUUGCACAAGAAGGUGGGACCACUGUUUACCCUUUUAAUCAGAUAAUUUGACUCAUUGUAGAAUAGUCAUGAUACUGAUUUUAAUAAGAUGUAUUAAACUGCAGUAAAAACCCUUUUGCAGCUGAUUGGCAGACGUUUGGGGUCUGUUUGUGAUGUUGCUCGGUAACAGAUUUAAUGAUGUGGCCCUCUGCUAUGUCGAGUCUCCAGAAGUGUUUACGUUCUGAAGAGUUCCCCACACCAACCGCUGGCUCUACGAACACAGGCUCUCAGUAGUUGUGCUCUAGGUUUUCUGUGAGAUGUUUUCUGUAAGCACUGAUGGUUUAAACCAGCCUCUCCCAGCAUGUAGACAUUCCUAUUGACAGAUGUAGCAAAAAUCCACACCACAAACGUUUCAGAUUGAUGAAGAAUAAAAAGCUGUGAGGGCCCAAUUGUAAAGAUUUAAAAAAUGUCUAGAGCGCACUGUAGGUUUUUGUUUUACUCCAUUGAAAUUUUGUACAAGUGCAUUUACUACCACUAUCUCCACUCUAAACCAUUUGUAUACAUUUGAUAUUUGGAAAGUUUUCAGAUUAAAUGUGAGCCUGGCAUUAAA